AUGGCACCCAAAUUCACAAUCUAUUCGUCCGAAGCCUCUCAGUGGGCGAUGGUUCCUCUCUUGGGCAUCCAAGAGAAAGGCAUCCAGCCCCACGAAUACGAGCAUCGAGAAAUCGACCUCAUGGGAGCCGGCAACUUUGACGUGGAAUACCUAAAGAUCAACCACAACGGUACCCUACCAGCUCUGACCACGCCGUCCCUCGACGCUCCACUGACGGAGAGCGCCGACAUUCUCGAAUUCCUCGACCGCCUCGAACCGAGCAGGGGCACGAACCUGGCGCCCAACGACGCCGCGACCAAGGAAAGGGCGGCCCAACUGAUCGCCCUGGUGCACUCGAUGGACCUCGGCAGCAACCUGAUCCUGUUGACGGCGCGAGACACGGAGGAGCUCGAAAAGGUCAAGGGCACUUUCUACGACUUCAUCACCACCCGCCAGCGAGUCCUGGAGGAGAACGCAGCCCGUCGUCCCGACCACCCCUUCUACGGACCCAAGGUCGCCGAGAACGGUGGAGUCAGCAAAGUGUACACCACCACUCCCGCAGGGCGCGAACACGAAGAGUUCUUCGAGAACACGCACCGAGGGUACAAGGCGUUCGCAGGUGCCUUUGACCAGCUCCAAUCUCUGCUCGUCCUGCCGUACGCCGCCGGGGACCACAUCACGUACGCUGAUUUGAACAUCGUCCCGUGGCUCAGUCAUGUCUUGUGCUUCGCGGGAGCCAAGGACUUUGAUGACUUUGCUGCUUUGGAGGCGGUGGUCAGGAAGACCGUCCCGGGAUUCAAGGUCGGGCCCAAGGUCAGACAGUGGUGGAAGACCAUGCAGGAGAGGGAGAGCUUCAAGAAGGUGUUCCCCGUGCUACAUUGA